GAAGAUUUGGGUGCUAAACCACGAAUGAGAAUGGCACAGACCCCAGCUAACAAGGACGCUAUAGAAAGGGUCCCACUGCGAUGGACUGAUCCUGCUUUUUUCUCUUCUCCAUUUUCCCCAGACCCAUAAUUCGACUGCGAGUUGACCAAAUUCCCCACGUUUCCGGUGAUCCUGGAGACCAAUCUUCUUCGCCAUUCACUGGAUUAAUACCUUCAGUGAGGGCUAGAGGGUGGAGAACCAGUUUCGAAUUCCGAGACAAUAAACGGCGAAAUACCGAUCGAGAAAUCCUCGUUUUGCCCAAUGCAACAGUAACAACAGUCAGAAAUUGCCUUUGUUCGACCAAUCUCAAUACUUCACUAAGCAGCAGUGGAGUCCAUUCAUCUUGCCAAAUUGCACAAGGUGACAGACCGCAAUGGCUAAUAUUUCCGGGACGAGGGUCCCCCAAGAGCCCAAAGAUGAGCCUAUUACGUCCAAGUUCGACGAGGGCCACAAUGAAGCUCAGGUUAUACAAGGCCAGCUAAGGAAUUCACCCAACUUGAAGCGCAGGCUCAAGAGUAGACAUCUCCAGAUGAUUGCAAUCGGUGGUACAAUCGGAACCGGUCUAUUCAUCUCUAGUGGACAAGCACUAGCUCACGCUGGCCCAAUCGGCGCACUUAUCGCUUACAUGUUCAUCGGAACUAUCGUCUUUUCGGUCAUGACGUCUCUCGGCGAAAUUGCCACCUACAUUCCAAUUCCCGGAGCAUUCACAUCGUAUGCGACUCGGCUGAUUGAUCCGAGUCUUGGUUUUGCGAUGGGUUGGAUCUACUGGUUCUCCUGGGCGAUCACAUUUGCCCUUGAACUGACUGCGACUGGACUUAUCAUUCAAUAUUGGGAUUCAUCUGUCAAUAUUGCUAUCUUCAUUGCGGUAUUCUGGGUCGUCAUGACUCUUCUCAACCUGUUGCCUGUCAACUUCUAUGGCGAACUAGAGUUUUGGUUUGCCAGUAUCAAAGUCGUUACAAUUAUCGGUUUCAUCAUCUUUGCGAUCUGCAUCGAUGCCGGUGCUGGGAAACAAGGCUACCUCGGAUUCCACAAUUGGGUCCACCCAGGGCCAUUUGUCGAUUAUCUUGUAACUCCAGGACCAACUGCAAAGUUUGUGGGCUUCUGGGCUGUCCUGAUACAAGCUGGUUUCUCCUGUCAGGGUACCGAAUUGGUCGGUCUCGCCGCUGGUGAAAGUGAAAACCCUCGCCAAACAGUGCCAAGAGCAAUUCGAGCGACCUUCUUCCGAAUUAUUCUGUUCUAUGUGUUUUCUGUGUUCUUCAUUGGUCUCUUAGUGCCGUCUGAUAAUCCCGAUCUUCAGUUGGGUACUUCCAAUGCAUCGGCAUCGCCAUUUGUAAUUGCCGCACAACUGGCCGGAGUCAAGGUCCUGCCUAGUAUCAUCAAUGCGGUUUUACUCACGGUGGUACUCUCGGCUGCAAACUCGAAUAUCUACAGUGGUAGUCGCAUGCUGAUUGGCCUAGCCCAAGACGGUUUUGCUCCCGCCUUUCUAUCCAAGACUACCAAGGGCGGAGUUCCUUAUUAUGGAGUUCUACUGACAUCAGCCUUUGGUCUUCUCGGAUUUAUGAACGUCUCAACCUCCGGAGGCACUGUUUUCAACUGGCUGUUGAACAUUACAGCAGUUGCGGGCUUCAUUCUAUGGGCGUCACUGAAUGCUUGCCACAUUGCGUUCAUGCGAGCUUUGAAGGCACGAAGGAUUUCACGGGAUUUCCUUCCUUAUAAGGCUCCAUUUCAACCUUUCCUGGCUUACUAUGGAUUGUUUUUCAAUAUUCUUAUCAUGCUGACGCAAGGAUUCACCGCGUGGAUUCCUUCCUUCAGCGUCGAGAGUUUCUUCGUCGCAUAUGUCAGCCUGAUUAUCUUUGCUGUGCUAUAUAUCGGUCAUAAAUUGGUGUAUCGGGAUCCUCUCGUGUCUCCUCUGCAAGCUGACCUUGACACUGGUCGACUUGAGGUUGAGAAUGAACAUUGGGAGGUUACAGCUCCUACCACAUGGUAUGGCAAGCUUUGGGAAAUGAUUAAUGGCUAGGGAGUCAGCCGAAUUGCAUGGAAUAGGGACUUGUCAUUUUUUAUCUAAUAACAUGAACCAGAGUAAUCCAGUCUGGCAAUACUAAGC